AUGAGCCAGAUUUACUCGCUCGGCCUUGCUCUACCUCGGCCGAGCUUGUUAUGCCUGGGUGUACAAAUCACCUCGGGCAGCUCCAUCUCCAACGCUCUCCCACAAUCACUCACAAAGGCUGCUAGACGAUACCGAUCGACAUGUCCGACAUCAACAAGGUGGUCCUCGAGAAGUCAAAUUUUGACUUCGAAGACACGACCUUCGUCUUGGACUAUCUUUGCAUCCGAAAAUAAAACAUCAAAAGCGCCCACGUUUAACGCCCGCUACAUAUCUUUAUAUUCCAAUGAGAAGAAGGGGCCCUUCAACAAAGUCAUCACCCACUAUGUCGAACUGCCGCCCAGCUAUACCGACCAUGAGGGGCUGCCAUUCUCCAAGAAGGGCGACCUUUCGCAGGAUGAGGUCUUCCAGAUUUUUGGCACUGGCCUCGAGGCACCCAGAGCGAAUAAGUUGCUGCGCAUAUUACAUGGCCGUCGGGUAGCUGGCACCCUCGGUGAUCCGACCCUGGCGCGGAAUCUGGCGGGCUACCAACAAAAGCACAUUGAAGCGGCCCUCGCCUAUCUGCGUAGCAAGCUGCCGGUGGACGAAGUCAUCAAUGCCGGUUUGCAGGCCGAGGAUGAGCUCGCAAGGCUAGAAGAGGAGGCGGAACGUGCGGCGCAACAGAGCGAAGCAGACCCAGAUGCACUCAUCAACAACGGAGAUCUAGACACAUGGCAGAGGAAAUUGGCCAGAGAGAAGCCACAGGAUGACGUAUACGGUGUCAGUGUCCAGGAGGCAAUUCGGGCACGCAACAAGGCGAUUGCCGAUGCAGCGGAAAGAGAGCGUGCCGAGCAGAAGCGGCUUGAAGAUGAGGAAUGGGCCAGGCUCAAUCCCGCUGGCACAAAGCUGGCCACGCUCCCAGAGCAAGCACGAGACUGGACACCGGCACAGCAGGAGAAGUACAUGGAGUCCCAGGCCAAGCUAGAGGAAUAUACCAAGCGUGCAACAUCAGACAUCGAAGCGCCACCGGAAAUGGGUCAUUGGGAGCGUUUCGGAUCUUGUAUUCUGACAGCAGGAGCUGUUGUGGCCGUCGGACUCGUUUUUGCGGCAGUCUACAAGCCUCCGCCUCCCGAGUAUCGCGUCUGGCCCGAUCUCCCGCCGGCCGCAGCAACGCUUGCGGCGCUCAUAGGUGCAAACUUUGUUGUCUAUGCGCUUUGGAAGUUCCCGGUUAUGUGGCGAACUUUGAAUCGGAUGUUUAUCUUCACGCCGGCGAUUCCGACUUCCUUUGCCAGCAUCGGGAAUGCAUUCUCACAUCAGGUAUUCUGGCAUUUGGCAAACAACAUGGUCUUUUUGUGGCUGGUCGGAACUCGUCUCCACGAUGAUAUAGGUCGCGGGGCUUUCCUGGCCACUUAUUUUGGCACCGCCUGCUUAGCCUCGGUAUCAGCAGCAAUGGUCCGCAUCAUUGCCUUGAAGCAAAUGACAUUCAACAGCCUAGGAGCAUCUGGCGUUGCCCUCGGCUUGAUAGGAGCCUACUUCACCAUCCAUUGGUCGGAUGAUAUCCACGUCUGGCUGCUUCCUGAAUCUGCCGUCGUCCCAGGAUAUGCGUUCCUUGCCAUGGCAUACUUGUACACCCUUGUUCCACUUUUGGGGUUGAGAAAAGGUCCUCGAAAGCACCAGAUUGACUUUUGGACUCAUUUUGCCGGACUGGUGGUUGGCACUGCGUACGGUGGCUAUUUCAGCCGGAGCCUGGGCUUCGACAACGCGGCUUCCGUUAAGAACCAAGCCAGGAUAGAGAUGGCAAACCCUCAUAAGGCUUUUGACAUAUCCGAAACGGCAGCAGAGGAGCAAGCUCGACCGGAUCCCACGGUGACAGCGGCAUCCAAAUGA